GCCCGGAUGGUGCGCGUGCGGGCCCGGCCCGGAGCGGACGCUAGAGCUGCGCCGGCCUUCCGCGGGCCGCCGAGAGGCCUGUGAGGUUGAGGUCGAACACGGCGGAGCGCAGGUGCUGGUGCCUAUUCUGGACUCUACACUUGGCAGUGUUGGUGACUGAGCAGGCUGAAGUCCAGGGGAGCACCUGCCGGGUCAGUUCCGUGCCUGCCUUGAGAAUCUGAUUCCCUGCUGCAGAGAAAAGCAGCACCCAGGCUCAGACACCCCAGCCCAGGCUGGCCUGGAAUUCGCAGUUGUCGUUCUGCCUCAACUUCCCAAGUGCUGGGAGUAAGCCAUGCUCAGCUAAGAAAGAGUCUGUAUGUCCACUGCCCACUAGAAACAGAAUGGCCAGAUGCAAUGUCAAAGUUCACAGCAGCUACAUGAGAAAAAUAAAAAGGAAUGCACCAUGCCAAUAGUCGAUAAGCUGAAGGAGGCUCUCAAGCCUGGCCGCAAGGACUCAGCAGAGGAUGGGGACCUGGGCAAGCUGCUGGCCGCCUCUGCCAAGAAGGUCCUUUUGCAGAGGAUUGAAUUCGAACCUGCCAGCAAGAGCUUCUCCUACCAGCUAGAGUCCUUGAAGAGCAAAUACGUGCUGCUGAACUCCAGGGCCGAGGGAGCUAGUCGCCACAAGAGUGGAGAUGAGCUGCAGGCCAGGAAACCAGGCACUGAGCGUGUGUCUGGAAGUGGAGGUGAUGGAGUCCCCGCCCCACAGAAAGUGCUCUUCCCUAUGGAGAGACUGUCUCUAAGAUGGGAGCGCGUUUUCCGUGUUGGUGCAGGGCUGCACAACCUGGGUAACACCUGCUUCCUGAACUCCACCAUCCAGUGCUUGACCUACACACCACCUCUGGCCAACUACCUGCUCUCCAAAGAGCACGCACGGAGCUGCCACCAGGGGAGCUUCUGUAUGCUGUGUGUCAUGCAGAACCACAUGGUCCAGGCCUUUGCCAACAGCGGCAAUGCCAUCAAGCCUGUUUCCUUCAUCAGAGACCUGAAAAAGAUUGCCCGGCACUUCCGCUUUGGGAACCAAGAGGAUGCGCAUGAAUUCCUGCGGUACACCAUCGAUGCCAUGCAGAAGGCCUGCUUGAACGGUUAUGCUAAAUUGGAUCGGCAGACACAGGCUACUACCCUGGUGCAUCAGAUCUUUGGAGGCUAUCUCAGGUCCCGAGUGAAGUGCUCUGUGUGCAAGAGCGUCUCAGACACAUACGAUCCCUACUUGGACAUAGCCCUGGAGAUUCGGCAAGCUGCAAAUAUCGUGCGUGCUCUGGAACUUUUUGUGAAACCAGAUGUCCUGAGCGGAGAGAACGCCUAUAUGUGUGCUAAGUGUAAGAAGAAGGUUCCAGCCAGCAAGCGCUUCACCAUCCACAGAACAUCCAAUGUCCUAACUCUGUCCCUCAAGCGCUUUGCCAACUUCAGCGGGGGGAAGAUCACCAAGGAUGUUGGCUAUCCUGAGUUCCUGAACAUCCGCCCAUACAUGUCGCAGAGCAGUGGUGACCCUGUCAUGUAUGGGCUCUAUGCUGUCCUGGUGCACUCAGGCUAUAGCUGCCACGCUGGGCACUACUACUGCUAUGUGAAGGCUAGCAAUGGACAGUGGUACCAGAUGAACGACUCGUUGGUCCAUUCCAGCAACGUCAAGGUGGUUCUGAACCAGCAGGCCUAUGUGCUCUUCUACCUGCGAAUUCCAGGCUCUAAGAAAAGUCCUGAGGGCCCUGUCUCCAGGGUGGCUUCCACUCUUCCCAGUCGUCCCAGUGUCAUUCCAGAUCACCCCAAGAAGAGCCCUGGCAAUGGGGUCGUCUCCUCCCCGCUGAUGGCAAAGCUUCAAGACUCUGUGAUGAUGAGAAAGCUGCAGAGCCCUGAGGAGAUUGGUGUGCCUGUGUCCAGGAAUGGCUCUGUGCCAGGCCUGAAGUUACAGAAUGGAUGUGUUCCGGCAAAGGCACCUGCCGGGUCCCCUUCCCCAAGACUCACCCCAACACCCACACACAUGCCUACCAUUCUAGAUGAGCCUGGAAAGAAGGUGAAGAAAUCAGCUCCCCCGCAGUCCCUCACCGCAUCCCCUACCACUUCUCAGGGCUCUCCGGGGACCAGCGAAUCCAGGAGCCAGCGGCCUGGCUCCUGGUCAAGCAGGGACACCAUCUUCUCUACCUCACCAAAGCUCCUGGCCAAAGCCUUUGCUAAUGGGCACAGGCUGAAGGGGGAAGGCAAUGGUGUGGACCUGGAGAAGGGGGCUUCGAGCGGCUCGAGCCCUGAGCACUCUGCCAGCAGUGACCCUGUCAAGGCCCCACAGACCCCAGAGGGCAGAGCUACACAUUUCUGUGAUUCUCAGGAAACAGACUGUCCCACCGCUGGCCAUUCCAAAGCACUGCUGAAUGGAGUAGACUCCAAGAUAGUGAAGCAGAAGUCCCCCGCCCUGAGUAGCACCGCCACCGAGCCCACGAGCCUCAUGUCUCCUCCACCAGCCAAAAAACUGGCCCUGUCUGCCAAGAAGGCCAACACCCUGCGGAGGGCGACCGGCAAUGACAUCUGUUCACCUCCCCCCUCAGCACUCUCCGACCUCACCUACCCCAUGAAAGCCACCCACCCCGUCGUUGCCUCCACUCGGCCUGUCAGUAAAGCCAGGGCUGUUGCACCUGCUCCCCGACCAUCUACCCUCCUGAAGCAUUCCAUCCACCCCCACUCUGCAUCACUGUCCAGUAGUAGCGCCAAGCCCUUAGGGACAUCAGAGCCACAGAGCUGCCGCGCCUCUGCCUGGAUGCCCCUGCCUCAGGUCAAUGGGCACUUCUUGUCCCACUUACACCAGCUGCCAGAGGCCAGCGAGGCCCCGCACAGCCCCUCCAGAAAAAGGAAAAAGACCCUUAAUGGAGAUCCCCAGAGACUGGGCAUAGAUACACACCUCCCACAGUGCCUUGGGGGUGCACCUGCAGCAGCACGCAGGAAGAGGAAGAAGAAGAAGUGCCUAGAGGAUGAGGCUGCCACAGCUCCCCAGCAGGAAGGCCAGUCUCAGGACCAGCCUUGGAGUCCCAGGGGCCGGAAGGAAGAGGGUACACAUCCCCAGGUAAAUGGCCAUCAAGUGAAUCACGUCCUGGAUAGUCACCAUGUGAGCAGCAAGAAAAGGAGGAAGAGGAAGAGAUCAGAGGGACUUAGCCAGGAAGCCACCCCGUCCCAGAACCUGCUACAGCAUGGCUGCUCCCCUGCAGACCACUGUGAGCCUGAGACCAGGACAGAGUUGCAGAGGAAGAUGAAAAGGCGAAAAAGGAAACGUGAGUCACAGCAGGAGGAGGAGGAAAGCAAGCACCCAGCAGGCCAGAGGAGCCCAAGGCCCAGCGUCACCCCAGGCCCUGAGCUGAGCGUGAAUGGCCAUCUUUCUGGUGACCGCCUAGGGCUGGGACAAGCGCCUCUCAUUACCUGGAACAGAGAUCGAGAACCUGAUGUGGUCCAAGAGUUGCUCCAGGACUCAUCUGAUAAGGCUUAUGGGAAAAAAGUUUUGACCUGGGAUGGCGAGGUUUCAGCUGUCAGUCAGGAUGCUAUCAAAGACAGCAGAUUGGCCCGGACCCAGACCGUGCUUGACGACUGGGAUGAAGAGUUUGAUCGAGGGAAGGAAAAGAAAAUUAAAAAGUUCAAGAGAGAAAAGAAGAGAAACUUCAAUGCUUUCCAGAAGCUUCAGAGUAGACGGAACUUUUGGUCUGUGACUCACCCUGCUAAGGUUGCCAGCCUCAGCUAUCGCCGCUGAGCUUACUGCACUUGUUAGAGGUGUGACUGACAGUGUCUUUUGAAGGACCCAGGGGUGUCAUAGGAUUGUCAUGGUUUCUCUUCUCACCAGGAAGACCAGUAUGCCUGGGCCACUGCAUCCCAGAGCUGCCACAUCACACCCUGGGGACUGUCCACUUGGAUCUGAGGAGCGGCCUUGCAGCCUCUACUGCACUGUGAGCCUGCCAUGGCGGAGGCUCCUGGUGCCACAGUUCAUAGAUGAUCCAGUGUAGAAGCCCUGGGGCUUCAGCUCAGGGCCUCUGGUGGCAUUCAUAAUGAACCUCACAAGAGAAGGCCUGGCCUUGGUGUCAUGCUGACAGUAACCUAGGAGACAUCUGGAAAGGCUGAGCCUCCUCAUAGACCCUGGGGUCUAGGUAGGAAAACCCCCCUGUUCCUGGUCCGGGACUGUCAGAGACAAGGGACUGGAGCCAGCAUCUCCCGGCAUAUCCUUCACUCAGGAUGGCGGCAUGUUAGUGCCUCUUGUGGUGAGCCCUCCUUUGCCUUCCUAAGCUGGAGCUGUCUCGUGGCCCUCUCCUCAGAGGGGCCCCUGUGUGACUGACUGUCAGCUGCAGGGAGAAAGACCCCCUGGUGACUGCACUGCCCCCACCCCCAAGUGCAUCUCCUCAAAAGGACUCCACACCUUCUAGAAAUCAGCAGCUGCUGGGGAUAGGAGAGCCUUGAAAUAUGUGCCAGCGCCUCUGCUUCUAAGGCUGCUGUCCCCGCCGAGGUGACUUUGAUGAGCUUCUCCUGCAUUUGCAGUAGCCUGCGGGUCUCUGUCAAGGUGGUGGUCUUUAGAGGUGAUUUCUCCGUUAUUUUACUACUUACGAUAAAGCAUUUAUUUUUGACCAGGCCUGUGGCUUCCAGUAGCAAUUUGUUCCUCUAAUAUGCAAAUACUGGCUUCAUUUGCUCCAUUUUGUGAGUGCUUUGCAAGUGAGCUGAUUGUACAACUCAAGGAGAGUCCUUUCCUGCCCCGUUCCAGCUGCCCCUGUGGACUCAGGGUUUAACAAACAAGACUCCUUGGUGAGGGGAAGACAGCACCCAGGAGAGGAAAAGUGCCAGAAGGUUCCUCCCCAUGGGGCACACCUCUUCUUUCCCAGAGUCCUAGGCUGCUCUGGGCUGGCCUCCUCAGUCUGGGCUUCUUGGGAGGGGCAGGAGCUGUCUUAUCAAUUCCACAAGCAGCAUUUUAUCCAGCUGCCUGAUCAGGGCCUCACUCGCUGCAAAUGUGGAAAAAGAAUUGUGUUCUCCAUGUGGGGAGGUGAGGUCCUGUUUCCAUGUGGGCGUUUCUGAGCAGCAGUUCAUGGUGGGUCUGCUGGCUGAGUCUCCCAGCCAACUGUGACGAGUCUUGUGUGGGCUGGGUUCUCGAUAUCAUGUCCAGGAGUGGUGUGGGCUUCAGGUGUUGUCUUGAAGGGAGGCAGGCACCUUCAUGGGCAGGGAUUAUCAUUGAGGUAGUGUCAUUUGUUCCUGAAUCAGUUGCUUCCUGGCCACAUUUGUUUUUUCCUAUGACAUUCUCUGGUUGAAAGUUGUAGGAGCUGCCAGCACAGAAUUGAUCUGUCUCCCAUGUUUCCUCUACAUGGGUUCCUUCCUUUGUCUAAUAGAUUAUCUGUUGCAAAAUCUCUUCCAGGGGAGUGUAAUCCACUGCCUCUUGGGUAGUCAUGAUCCCCCAACUGACAUCCUGACUUCUGGCAGCAUGUGUUGCUGUCAGUGAAGGCAAGUCCUCUCCUUCCUUAGAAGCCAUUAGAAACAGGCUAGGGACAGAAUGGGCCUGGAGAAAUCAUUAAAGUUCUAGGUGACAUGUACUGUCCUAAAUAACUGAAGCUUUUCUAAAAGCAGCCAUUUUGUUGGAUCAAGUCACAUCAUUUGAACUGCGUGCUUGGCAGUAGCUAUGGUUUGGGCCCGUGUGCAGAGGGCCACCUCCCGGUGUUUCUGUUCUCCCUCACCUGCCUGUUGUUAGGGGCUCUUCUCAUCCUACAUCCUUAUGUGGCUGCAUCUGUAUGUGUACAGGGAUCCCCAAACUCUCCACUCCCUCUUCAGGAGCCCCCAGAUAUUGCCAAGAUCUUGGUGCAAUAAAGUAAUGCAUUUUUGUGA